UUGUCUUCAACAAGUUUUGUCUUUCGAGCUUCCUAGUUAGUUUUGGAAGAACACUUCUAGUUUUGCAAGUGAAGAGGCUUUAAAGUUUAAAGAUGUUCAUGAAUAUAGCUUCCUCAGUGUAUCACCUAUGCUUUUAGCCUAACUUACACGCCUUUUUGUACGUCAAAUGUUGGCAAGUUUUUGGUGAUUAAUUUGCAAAUCAGGAGCAAUAUGUAUUGAGUAAAAAGCAUAAGCUUUUAUGUUCAACUUUUCUUUUGAGGGAGAGCUGCUGACUUCUUUUAGAUUAGUUCUGUGUAGGCUGGUGUAGUUGCGGGUGUACUGAAGUGGGAGAAUACAUUAAAAGAUCCUCAAGGGAUGCUAUCAAGACCCUGCUAGUUUAGAAUUAUGUUGACAAAGAUAUUUCUAAUUACUUUUAUUAUUUUAAUGUAACAAUAGGCAUAGUGACAACAUGGUUAUUUGGCACAAAUGCUCUAGAAGAGGAGCUUUGUCCCAAUCCCUUGCAGUCAGUCAAAUUGCUCUCACAGUCCAUGAACGUCAACUGGCACCUGCUUCACUCCUAAUUGCAAAAUUAAAGCAUCUAUAAAAAUUUGCCCCAUAUCUAGGCUAAUUAGAUUAUCAGUAUGCUUUUGAAGAAUGAGGGAUUCUUCACUGGUCUGAGCUUUAAUUUAUAAUUUUGAAUAUAGAAAAAUACCAAAUUAUUGCAUCAGCUUUGCUCUUGUUAAUUCCUUGAUAUGCUUUGUCUUUCUUGUUUCUUACCCAAGUUUUAGUCACUUGGGUAUAUGUCAAAAGAACUCUUGUUAUUCUAGUAUAACUACAAAGUUUUAGGCACAUCUGUUUUAGAUUUAUUGCAUCCCCAUGGUCUGAGAGGAUAUGCAUAUAUUCCAUGUUCGAAAUUGAUAAUCAAAUAGAAGACAAAUAGAUUGCCUCUCUCUUUCAUAGAGUACUAAUUUACUGCUAAUUUUUUUCUGGCUGAUUCUAUUUGAAGCUGGCCAGGUUCUCUUAUCAUGGGAAACAAGCCUGUGAAGCAAGAACAACGAGAAGAGAUUCUCUUGAAAAUUGUGCCACCAUUGGACCAAGCUUAUGUUCGAUGGCUUGCUCGGGAUAUUGAGAGAAUUCAUGGUUUUACUCCAAGAAACCCUCGUGCAGUGAAACCCCCAGAUCAUUACAUCGAGUACAUGCGCUUGAAUGGUUGGUUGGAUGUAGACUUGGAUGAUCCAGAUCUAGCCCAUUUGUUCAAGUAAGGAGGAAUGAGGACAUAUCUCCUAUAAUCAUUAUAUUACAAUUCACCAAUCACAGUCAUAAAUUGUGUAGUAUCCGCCAGAAUAUCAUAGGGAACGGAGCAUAGGUUUAUAAGUAUUGAACCCUUACGUAAUCUUUUGUUCUGGUUGGAUAAUUUCAAGGUUGUUGUAAAAAGAAUGAAUGCUUGGGGAGAAAUAUUUUGCCAUGUCAUAAGCUUGUGAGCUAUGCUUAGAAUUGGAAGGUAAAUGGAAGGGAUACAGUAGCGAUGUGAAUCAAGUCACUGUUGUAAAUGAGGAAGUUAUCUUUGUCAGGAUGGAUGAAGACCUAAAGGGGGGUUCUUUCUUUCAUCAUGCCGGUAUUUGUAUUGAUAACUUUUGAGUAUUUUGUUUCACUUGUUGCUUUGACUCUGGAGAUGCAUAUCCAACCCAUUUCAAACGGGGAUGCCUUUCAGUGUUAUUCGGAUUAUUUAAAUUUGAAUUUAGGAUUAUGAUCUUGAUCAUCAA